GCGGUGCAGCUUAUUAAAAUGUUCCCAGGAAAUUUCAACCCGCUUGCGUUCCGUGCGUCUUAUGGAGUUCCUGUUUUUUUCAUGGUUCUUGAAUUGAGGAACUAUCAAGAUGAGGACCCUCGAUGUGAUCGAAUAGGUGUCUGCGUUGGUUGUAUCCUCCUGACAGUCAUGGAGUUCCACGUCAAACAUACCUGGGACAGCUUACAUGUGGGUCAUAAGCCGAUAAAGAUUCGCUUCUCACCUGGCGAGGAUGGUUUGUUAAUGCAGGUGACUGCUCCAUUCUUUAAUGACCCCCCUGCACCAGCUGGAAAACCUGGAGAGCCGUUCCCUGGUCUCUGGGACUAUGAGGUGGUGGAGUCAUUCUUCCUGAACAGCAACACUGAGCAGUAUCUGGAGGUGGAAGUCUGCCCUCAUGGACAACAUCUUAUUCUGCUAUUGAAUGGAAAACAUAAUGCGUUUAUGCAACAACUCCCUCUAUCAUUCAAAGCCAAUAUAAAGAACAAGACAUGGAAGGGAGAAGCACUUCUACCUUGGAGGUAUUUCCCUCAGGGCAUUAAUAAGAUGAAUUCCUAUGCCAUCCAUGGCUCUGGAGCUGGAAGGACCUAUGAGGCUCUGUAUCCUGUUCCUAGAGAAGAUCUAGUAGAAGGACAGGGACCAGACUUUCAUCGACUUGAGUAUUUUCAAGACUUCACUCUGCAAAGCAUCAUGGGAGAAGACUGGAUUCAGCCAGAAUCUGACCUGUGGGAUUUGCCAGGCCAAUAACCAGCUGAAAAUCACAAAUUAAGUUAAAACUGUCUUCUAAGCAGCUUUUUAAUGCAGUAAUUACUCGCAAUUUACUUCCAUGGCUAUGUUAGAGCACAAACUUCACUGCGGUCUAAUCAAAGUUAACGAUGUGGCUUGUUUUAAUGUGGGUGUAAUAGCAAUAUAAUGGCUUUUAUUAUCACAAUUUAAUAAAUCUUUUAUCAGUAAUGCGGCACUAUCUCAGAUGUAAGUACUCCAUCCAGCACCAAAUAUCUAUGCAAUAUAUAGCAAAUGGGAAUUGUUCAUUUUAUAUAGGCUACUGAAACGAAGCUAGCCAUUUAAUAAUGGAGAUGGUAAAUGUGGAAAUCGAACAUUUAAUAAACAAACGAUAACA